AUGACCCAAACAGCUUCUACAAGAGAGGACUGGCGCACUCUCGUGGCCCGAAAGCGCAAGCAAUUAGACGCACAAAUCCCUUCCGAAUGGCGUCUAACUGAGAAGUUUCUUGCAACAAUCCCCGCCAAUGGCCGCCUUAUUGAAGCCGAUGUGGUCCGAGGCAGUGGUAUUCUGUCUGAGAAGGAGCUCAGUAUUACAGAGAAUUAUUCUGCGACUGAGCUUCUAGACGAGCUAUCAAAAGGGGCUGUAAGCUCCGUUGAUGUUACAACUGCGUUCUGCAAGAGGGCAGCUAUUGCCCAACAGCUUACCUCAUGCCUGACGGAGCAUUUCUUCCAGCGGGCUAUUGAGCGUGCUGAAUUCCUUGACGAAUACCUCCAGCGAGAGAAGAAACUGUUCGGGCCGCUGCACGGCCUUCCUAUCAGCAUCAAAGACAGUUUCUGUAUUGAGGGCGUUCAAAGCACCGUUGGAUAUGUCAAAUUCCUUGAGAAUAGCCCGGCUUCACACAACUCAGCCAUCGUCGAAAUGCUACUGAAUCUCGGUGCUGUGCUCUAUGUCAAGACGAAUAUCCCACAGACGAUGAUGACAGGAGACUCAGAAAACAACAUCUUCGGUCGAGCCCUGAGCCCCCACAACACCAACUUGACUGCUGGCGGCUCAAGCGGAGGCGAAGGAGCUCUAGUAGCAUUCCGCGGCUCAAUCCUAGGAAUCGGCACAGACAUUGCAGGAUCAAUCCGCAUCCCCUCCCUCUGCUGCGGUGUGUAUGGCUUCAAACCUAGCAUUGACCGCAUCCCAUGGGGCGGCCAAGUAGCCGAUAUAGCCAUGGAGGGAACUCCCGGUCUUAAGCCGUCCGCGGGACCACUUGCUCAUAGCCUGAAUGAUAUCGAACUAUUUGUGUCGACCAUCAUAAACGCCGGGCCCUGGAAAUACGACAGUACCGCAAGCGCAGCACCCUGGUCAUACCCAAAGACCUCAGCUGAUGAGCCCAGGCAACUUACCAUCGGCAUCCUCCCCGAGAGCAAGGACUUUCCCCUGCAUCCACCCGUCAAGAGAGCGCUGCAGACCGCCAUAUCCGCUCUGAAAAACAAAGGCCAUCGUAUAGUUUAUCUCUCAGAAACCCCCGGCAUUGACUUCGCAUAUGCGAACCGUCUCGCCUUCCAAUAUUUCAUCUACGGCCCACACACCGACCACAUUGCAGCCAGCGGCGAACCACCCGUGACAUCUGUGGCAAAGAUGUCCUCACCCAUGUUCACGGGUCCAUUUCCAGUAGAUAUGGAGUUACCGCCGUUCGAGAAGAUAGAUGCAUUGCAUAAGGCACGCAAAGCAUAUGCCGAGGCCUGGCGAAAGACAUGGGUUGAGAACAAUCUAGAUGUCCUUCUUGCGCCCGGGGCGCAGAAUACGGCUGUUCCACAUGAUACAUUUGGAUGGCCACCGUAUACCGUGGUUUGGAACUUGCUUGAUUACCCUGCUUGCAUUAUCCCGUAUGGCAAGGCUUCGAAGGAGCUUGAUCCUGAGCCGAUGGCAAUUACUGAUGGGGUUCAGCCUAGUUAUGACCCGGAUGCAGUUGAUGGGGCACCAUGUGCGAUCCAGGUAAUUGCACCUCGGUUUCAGGAUGAGAAGUGUCUUUCAGCUGCGAGAGUUAUUGAUGAGGAUAUUCGAUGA